GCUCACCUCCAUCACUACCUGCAUGUCGAUGGGAUGGAGCAGAGCGUCUUCGAUGAGGCUUUUUCUUCCCUCAGCUCUCUGAUUGAAGAGUACCAUCACCUGGAUGCCACUAAAGCCAGACUCAUACCUGAUGCUCCGAGACUCUGCAUCGCCACAUGAGAUCUGCUCUGCUGUAGUUUCAUCGCUGUCCGCUUCGAAACAACUCCACAUAAACAGAUCUAGUUUGAAUAUAAUGAUUAUUUAUGUUUGACUGAUUAAAAUGUUUCACAUCUGACAAGAAAACCA